UCGAUUGCUGGUGAUUUGCCACUGGCUUUCAAUUGCUCUCCCGCGGUCUCUUUUCUCUGUCUCACACGCAGCUGUCGAAGGCAGAAACCGGCUAUUAUUUAUUUAUUUUAUUAGUAUUACUAAAAGGAAAAGACUACUAGCCCUGAUAGUUGGGGUUACAAGCUCAGCUUCAAAAAGAGAAGUUCCAAAAAAGGCAGACGUUCCAAAAAAAAGGCAGGCGCCCCUUUACUCCUUAUCCCCCUUUCGAGGCAACGUAGCAAGAAAGGGUAUUGUGGUUUUUCUUUUCUUUUUAAAAACCCUCUGUCUGUUCCUUCAGAUUCUGACGUGAAGGAGAGGGGUCAGAAGUGCAAUGAUGCACUUUAUUGGCGAGGGGGCAUAUGGGGUGGUGUGUGAGGAGAAAGGGGGCGGGCGAGACCUUCCUUUUCUCUCUUCGUAUUCACGGUGUCUUGUUCUUGCGCUCGCGGUGGUGCUGCGCUCUGUUCUCUGCAGGCUUCCCCCCGCCCCAGCCCCAGCCCGCCCCAACUGACUCUCUUUCCCCUCUCGCUCUCUCCACCCACCCCCGGGCGGUGUGAGAGUUGCGUUCGCGUCUGGGCCGGCAAGAUGGCGGCAACGUCGAGGUCCAGCACAGAGCUGCCCUCGACUCUGGGGGAGUCCGUCGCGGGGGCGGGAGUGACUCCUCGCCCUCUCUCUCCUGAAGAGAUCGCCAGCAGGCUCCACAGCACAAGACGGGAACUGAGCAAUAGGCGCAAGAUCUUGCUGAGGAACCUGCCCGCCGAGAGCAGCAGCCAGGAAAUCCAUGAUUUAUUAAAAGACUUUGAAUUGAAAUAUUGUUAUGUGGACAAAAAUAAAAGAACAGCUUUUGUUACUUUAUUGAAUGGAGAGCAAGCUCAGAAUGCAAUACAAUUAUUUCACCAGUACUCCCUUCGAGGAAAAGAAAUAUCAGUACAUCUUCAGCCAACUGAUGCCCUACUCUGCAUUACCAACUUGCCUACCUCCUAUACAUUACAAGAGUUUGAAGAGUUGGUGCGGCCUUAUGGCAAUGUUGAAAGACACUUCUUGAUUUAUAGUGAAGUCACUGGAUAUUCAAAGGGCUAUGGUUUUGUGGAAUACAUGAAAAAGGAUUCUGCAGCUAAAGCUAGGUUGGACCUUUUAGGGAAACGGCUAGGUGGAAAUGUCCUUUUCGCCCAGUGGAUGGAUGUUAAUCAGUUAACUCCAGAACUCAUACAUUCAAAGUGCCUUUGUUUGGAAAACCUCCCUAUAGACUACACUGAUGCAGAGAAUCUGAUGCAUAAUUUUUCAUCUAAAUAUAAACCUGUGUUUUACCAGCUUGCUCAGGAUGAAGAUAGCUCAGUUGGUGGCUUUGCAGUUAUUGAGUAUGAAACAGCAGAGCAGGCAGAGGAAGUACAGCAAGCCACAGAUGGCUUGGCUAUCAAAGAGAAGAAAGUGCAUGUAUCUUACUGUGCUCCUGGAGCUCCAGGGCGUGGAACUCUUGCUACAUUAAUAGCAGCACAACGCAUGAUGAGGAACAACAGAAAAGGUUUGCUUCCAGAGCCAAAUGCAGUACAGGUUAUGAAAAGCUUAAAUACCCCAGCAAUGUUACAAAUGUUGUUGCAACCCCAGUUACAUGGAUGUUCUAAUAAUCUUGCAGUUCUUGGAGCUCCCAUGAACAUGUCCCACCUUGUAAGCCCGUCAAUCAACCCAGCCUUUUUGCAUUUGAAUAGUGUUCAUCAGGGACAAGUUCUUGGAAAUUCAUCUAGUUUGCUGCUACAGAACCUUUCCCAUCUACAGAUGGCACAGCUAGCGAAGAUUGAGAGUAUUCAGACAAAUAGUAAACCAGGUUUACUUGGAGAACCUCCAGCAGUGCUGCUACAGACAAUGUUAGGAAUGGGUACUGUACCACCAGUGGCUACAGACACAGCCAGCCAUGGAGAAGCACGCAAUUUAUCUAAUCGGACUGCAGCUCAAACGCCAAUUGCAACAGGGAUCGGCAUGCUGCCAUUCUUUCCAAAUCAGCAUGUAUCUGGGCAAGCAAUGCCAAGACAAAAUAACACACGGGACAAGCUGUCAACUGCAGUGGGACUGACAGAAGGCACUGGUUCAGGGUCCCAGGGUUAUCUGCAGAGCUUAACAAAUGUCACUGCUGGAGACCCACGGGCAGGACAUCUCAAGCAACAAGGCCAGUCAAAGAGCACUGACGCAAGCUUGGGGAGUUCUUCAAAAAAUCAGACCUCUCUGCUGGGAGAGCCCCCCAAAGAAAUCCAUCUUAGCACCAAUCCCUACUUGAACUUGGCAAGUGUGUUGCCUUCUAUGUGUCUUUCAGCAAUUGCCAGUAAGGCCAGUAAUACUAAGCAGCAGGCUGGACUUUCAAAUCACUCAGUUGACACUGCAGCUGCUCAGGGAACCACACCACCACAAGCAGUAGAAAACUAUUUUAACUAUUCACCACAGUAUGAAGAUUACACACAGGAUUCAGUCCAGCAAUGGUAUCAACAGUAUGCUCAGGCAUACCAUACCAUACAAGCUAGAGUAGGAGAAGUAGAGCAUGAUGGCUCAGAGGAAUCUGAUAGUGGAGUUUAUGGUGACUACAGUAGCUAUGUACAGGUCAUGCCUUCAUAUUAUGCUGCUACCCAAGGAUCCUUCCAUCCAGGCAUUUUGCCUCUUGUGCCUCAAAACCCACUAAAGAUGGCACCAAUAAGAAAUGAGAAGCGGGGCUCUUCAUACCUCACCACCACUCAAGAAGAUGGCCCAGUGGAAUAUGUUGGUCAACACACUCAGGGCUCAGGAGUACAUUGUGCAGAAUUGUAUCUUAAACGAAAGCGUGUUUAUUGAUAUCUUGAUCUUUGUGCUAUUCAUAUCAUCUUUUUAUUUCACGUUUAUUAUGUCUUGUAGAUAUUAAAAAACCAGACUAUAUAAAAAAUUAGUUUCUAUGAGUAAAUUUGUGUAUGGGGAGCUACUAAUAUAAUGGCUGUUAUCCUCCUGAAUAGUUUCUAUGCAACGGAUGACAAUUAAGGUCUGUUUUAAGCUUAAAGAAACGGCAGCUUUUCAGGUUGAGAAUGUCUCUCAAAGCAAUAAAAUAAUGCAGAGGUAAAUUUCUUGCUGGAAAUUUUGCAAAGGUAGUCUUAAGAAAAAAAUUGUGCUGGUGUUUUUUUCUUUGAUGAUUUAGAUUCUUGGCUGCAAAGUAUUCAUGAUAUUUGACAACAGCAAUAUCCUAUUAUUGAUUUUAAUGGGGCUUGCAUAUUGGAUUACAGCCAGACAACUGUUAGGUUGAGUAUAAUCCAGUCUAGUUAAAACAGCCAAAUAUUUUUUGGAUUAAAAACAGUAGCAGUCAUGCUAUUUAUGUAGUUGUAGCUUUUAAAGUGGAAAUAUGGUAUGAAAAUAUCAACAUACUUCAUUGAAAUAAAUGAUUGUUGAAGUGUAAUGCUGGUAGUACAAAUGUGCAUGACAAAUUUUCCAUGAAAAAGAAAGAGUAGUAUUAGCUUUGUAUUUUUAGUGUUAAGUCCCUUUCCCAUUAAUUUAGGGGCAAUAUUUACUCAGUUAUUUUAAAAAUGAAUGUGAAUUUCUAUUUAGUAUCCAACUUGUCUAAAGGCACUGAUAUCUUACUGACUUGGAUUUUGUAUUAUAUUUGCCCCACACCCCAUUUCUAUACACUGCUCUUGAUUAAUCACUGCCACCUUGGAAACUCUUUGGUAUCUUCUAUUGCACUUUGUAGCCAUGGCAGUUAUUUGUGUUCACUGGAACUGCAUGGAAUGUCUGUACUCAUGCAAUACUUUAGCUACAUGCUGACUCUUAAUUUAUUUCUUACUCAAAUUGGUUAUUUGCAGAAGGCUACUUUUCUGUUGUCUAGAAUCAAAGUGUGUUGGAAAUUACCAAUACAGUUGUUUUCCAUAGCUUUCCCCAAAGUAGUCCCAUUUGCAGCUUGUUCCUUAAGUCAAAUUAAAAUGGACGAGGCCCAACAUAGUUGAUGGUGAUGAUAAAAUCUACAAUAAGAGGGCCUGCUUGAGGAUUAUAGAGAAAUGCACAUGUAUGGUGGAUGAGGGUAGCAUAGCUUCUGCUCCCAAUGAAGAGAGAUCCAGUUAAGCCCAAUUGAAAUCCAGUGGAAUUUGAAGUUAGCUGCAACUUACCUGUCUCACUGAUUUCAGUGAGACUUUUGAUAAGCGUCUGGAUUAGGAGGCUGCUCUGUAGAAUUAAUCUACAUUAUUAAGAAGUAACAUAACAAGAUUUUUCUUCUCUUAACUGUGUUUAGUAUUAUUCACAUUGAAUGUAUAUUUUUGAACCAUUUCUCAGUAAAUAAACUGGCAAGCUAUACUGAAGAAUAAA